AUGAAGUGGAAGGACCUCGGUAGAGCGCGUUCACAGGGAGGCGGGAAGACGGUGCAUAGUGGGAGCACAGAGAAAGAGGGAUGGAUGCAAGACGUGCAGAAUGCGGCUGGAACCCCAGUCCAAAGUCCCGAUAGAUUGGUUGGCUGCAUCCUUUUGGCAGACAACGUGGCGCGACAUUGUAGUGGCGAUGACCAAAACGACGACACGGCGGUGCCAAGUCCAGUGCAGUUGAGGCUCAAGUCAAAGCUUGUCGGUACCGAAGCGGCCGCGUUCCCAAGCGGGCGUGAGACGGGCGAGGAAGCCACGCCGGCAUGGUCACACGGUCGGAGAAUAGGCGCGUUGAGUGCGAGGCUGUCGACUGUGCGUCGUGACGAGGAUACGCAGAUCCAGAUGCGGGAGGCGAAACAUGACGCGCUCCAGGCCAACAGCUAUCGCAAGGAAGACGACGGUGAUGUGGUGGGCGCAGAAGUGGUGCGAGUGACGGGGGGAGAGAAGAUACUCAAGGACGAGAGAGGAGGGGGAUAUGGAGAGAUCAGAGAGAUCGGAGAGAUCGGAGACGGACGGAGAACAAAGGAUCAAAAGGAACAAAAGGAACAGGACAACAAACUGAGAAGAGGGCGCGACAAACCUGAGGACAAAAUACCCUGCAAAAAACUAUUCCUUCCAAAAACUUCGGCUUCUUCGUCAACUUCUUCCGACAGCAACACCGACAACAACCCAGAUAAGGAUGUAAUGUAUGGUGAAGAGCAAAAUGAUGGAGAUGUGGAUGUCGAGAAAAAGAGAAAGGAAGAGAGGGAAAGGAGGAGGAAGACGUAG